AACUUAUUUUAGAUAUUAUCAAAAUAAAAGAAAGAAUACUUUAAAUAGCAAUUUAUGAUAACAAAUUGAUUUAUAAAUUCUGUGUUGCAUUAUAAUUUGUGUUUAUAUAAAUAUCGAUCUUAAAUUAAUAAUUAUUUUAAAUUUGUAUUAAACCAUAAAUUUAUUGUAAAUAUACCUACAUAAUUUUUUUGUUCUUACAAUGGAUACGGCGGGUAGUUACGCAUUUUCAUCAUAUCACAAUGGUGGUGGUACAAGAGAACAGGAUUCCCAAAAAUUGGCUCAAACAAUUGGAACCAGUGUACAGAAAAUAUCCCAAAAUGUUUCUUCAAUGCAACGAAUGGUUAAUCAACUUGGUACUCCACAAGAUACUCAAGAAUUACGCACCCAACUUCAUCAAAUUCAACAUUACACUCAACAAUUGGCCAAAGAUACCAGUGGUAAUUUGAAAGAUUUAAGUAAUUUACCACCACCAGCAAAUCCGUCCGAACAACGUCAACAUAAAAUGCAACGUGAAAGACUUGCUGAUGAAUUUACAGCUUCGUUAAAUAGUUUUCAAAAUACUCAACGCAUGGCAGCCCAAAAAGAAAAAGAGCAAAUGCAGAAAACUAAAAUUAAUGCGGGACUCAAUGAACCAUAUUUAGGUGGUAUCAAACCAAAACAAAAUCAGUUAAUUGAACUUCAAGACAACCAAAUGCAACGACAAAAACAAAUUCAAGAAGAAGUGAAUUUACAAAUAUUGCAACAGCAGGAACAAUCAAUACGACAAUUAGAAAGUGAUAUCAGUGAUGUAAAUCAAAUCUUCAAAGAAUUAGGAGCAUUAGUACAUGAACAAGGUGAAAUUGUUGAUAGUAUUGAAUCAAGUGUUGAACGUACUGAAGUAUUCGUUCAGGAGGGUGUCCAACAAUUACGACAGGCUAGUACUUAUCAAAAUAAACUAAGAAAAAAGAAAUUCUUUUGUGCUCUUCUUGGUGCUAUAGUACUUUCCAUUAUUGUUACAUUUGUUGUUUUGGAAUUGAAAGAUUAAUAAUAGUAUUUUAUUUUGUUAAUAAUAAUUAAGGCGGAGCGAAGUGUAACACUUUAUUAUAACCAUUCCCGUAAUAAGUAUAUCAGUAAUACAUAUAUCUUCACAUUCAAUUUAUUUUAUAAGUUAUCAUAAGUAAUAAAUUCAGUAGAAACAUCUCACAUAGGCUGUAUUUUCAAAAGGCCUAAAGUGUCCUUUUCAGAUUUCAUGUUAUUUUCAUUAUACAAUAUGAUGUAAUCAAAAUAAAUUUGUUUGAUUAAUUUCGGAAAUCAGAUUUGUUUGGAAUAUAUUCAACAAUUCUGGCUAAGUUGAUAACUUUUACUCGCAUUUACCUGGAGAAAUAACCGUUUGGAUAUUUUCGGGUCUGCAGUUUUUUAUAAGCGCCAUUUAUACCAAUGGUAAAGAAAGCAAACUUUAAACGAAGUUCAUAAGAUGACGUGUGGUAUAGUCAGUUUAACUUGAAUUUAUGGUGAAUAUUUUAUACAAGCCAAAAAGGUUGAGAACCUGAAAUUUUUAACAUAAUUAUUUUACGUUUUAUCGCCAUUAUCACAAUUUUUAGACUAGUCAAACCUAUGCGUAAAAAUGUUUCGGUUCGAAAAUAAUAUCAAAUUUUAUUACUUGCAAUAAAUCACAAUGAGAUUUUCGAAAAAGCUUAAAAAUAAUAUCUGGGACAAAGUAAAUGGAAAGGUUGCAUAAAACAUGCCAAAAAAUGCGUCCGACUGAAAGUUAAGAAACAAUACUAUGGCAAACUAUGAAAGAAUUAACUUUAUACAAUCCCAACGAUAAUUUCUUUCGUGGAAUUUAUAAUUUUUAAGUUUUUCCCUUCUUUAAAACAUAUACAGAUGGAUGUAUUAGUAUUGGAUCUCGAUUCAUCCGUCACUCCGUUUGUGUUUAAUGCAUUUUCGAAUGUAUUUUAGAAAAUUGGAUACGAUCUAUACAUGUUAAUUUCCUGAAUAAAGUGACAGAAGACUUUUUAUUGAUCACUCGUGUAUUUUUUUAUUUUUUACAAACUAAACAUAGUUUUAAUAAACUAAUAUAAUCUGCAAUUUGUACCAAGCUUUUCCUAUCUGUCUAUAAUCUUCGUUUAAUUUU